AUGGGUGAACAUCGAGGGUCGAUUAUGCUUACUCAACGUUGUUCUGGUAUAUUACUCUUUCUCUGUGCCUAUUUUGCCUUGGGAGAAGCAAAGCUCUCCGUUUGUAUUCAUGACUACACAACUCAAGUUCUGCAAAGAAAGGGAGGCACUGGUAAUUUCCUCGGACCCUGGUUUACUGGAAUGAACUAUUUGGUGACCUGUGACCACAUGAACGUACAUCGCAUUAUGAGCAAGAAUUUCGCUAACUACAUUAAAGGGCAUGACCUUCGCGAGUUUCGGGAGAAGAUUAUUUGUGAGAAGGUGGAGAGUUGUUUGAUUCCUCUUCUUGAUCAUGUCGAGAAGCGAGGAGUUGAAGUGGAUGUGCAAGACGUGUUUGGUCGCUUCAACUUUGACGCUAGACACACAAUACCUAAAAGCAUCUGGAAGCUUCAGAGAUGGCUUGGAAUCGGACCAGAGAAGAAGAUGGCCCGAGCAUGUGAAGUGUUUGACCGAUUCCUCGAUGAAAGUAUAGCAUCAAAGAGAGAAAAGCUCCAAAAAAUCAACGGAAACGAGAAGGAAACCGAUGAUUUGCUCAUAUACCAUAACUUCAGCUCUCAAUGGUUCUUUUGGCUUGUUGCUACACACCCUUCAGUAAAAGCAAAGAUUCAUGAAGAGAUCAAAGAAGAAAAGGAAGUGAAAGAUCAAGUAUAUCUCCACGCUGCUUUGUGUGAACGUUUGAGAUUGUAUCCUCCCGUACCUUUGGUUCUUAGGCAAACGAUCAAACAUGAUAUUCUUCCUAGUGGGCAUGAGGUCAGUCCUAGUAAUGUGAUAAUGACUUCUCUGUAUGCUAUGCGAAGGUAUGAAGAAAUAUGGGAAAAAGAUUGCUUGGAAUUCAAACCAAAACGAUAG